AGCCUCCGGGCCCGGCCCGCUGACACGGCUCGGGGGGGCUCCGGCCGCCGCCACAGGGGCCGGGCCGCCGCGUGACUGGCGCGGUCACGCUGUGCUUGAUCACAAUUAGCUUGUGCUCCGGGCCGGCCGCGCUCCCGUGUCUCCCAGCCGGUGACCCCGGGGGUUUCUCUUAGGGUGGCUUUCUCUGAAAUGCCCAAACCGCCCGAUUAUUCAGAACUGAGUGACUCUUUAACGCUUGCCGUGGGGACAGGAAGAUUUUCGGGACCACUGCACAGAGCAUGGAGAAUGAUGAACUUCCGCCAGAGGAUGGGAUGGAUUGGAGUGGGAUUGUAUUUGUUAGCAAGCGCAGGAGCGUUUUACUAUGUUUUUGAAAUCAAUGAGACUUACAACAGGCUGGCCUUGGAACACAUUCAGCAGCACCCGGAGGAGCCCCUUGAAGGAACCACAUGGACACACUCCUUGAAAGCUCGCUUACUCUCCCUGCCUUUUUGGUUUUGGACAGUUAUUUUUCUGAUACCUUACUUACAGAUGUUUUUGUUCCUUUAUUCUUGUACGAGAGCUGACCCCAAAACAGUGGGCUACUGUAUUAUCCCCAUAUGCUUGGCAGUUAUUUGCAAUCGCCACCAGGCAUUUGUCAAGGCUUCUAAUCAGAUCAGCAGACUACAACUGAUUGACACGUAAAAUCAGUCACCAUUUUUUCAUUACAGUUAAAAAACUGCCAGUACCAUAUGGAGCCCGAUCACAAGACUGCAGUUUCUUUGCAGACCUCAGGAAGUUGUGGUGGGACAGCGGCUUUCUAAAAAGUGUGACUAGGGGGCUGUCUUUAUCUGAAUAAUAAUGAAUUUUUAAGUGAAGCCCGAGAUACAGUACUACAAAAUCAUGUUGAUGACUUCAGAUUUUGGAAGUAAAAUCGUGUCUGUUAUUUGCAUUCUUUAGAAACUUGAAUAAGUACCUGAACUCCUAUUUUUAUUCUACUGUGCAACAUAGUGAUGAUUCAGAAAUUUUUCCUAUGGGGAAAAAUGAAUAUGAACAUUUCCAUUGUGCUUAAUGUAAAAAGGUCCAAACAUGGUCAUAAAAUUUAAAUUUUAUACAAUUACUUGGCUUGCUUUAAAAUUCUUCAGGCUAAAACACCACAUCAACCUGUUGUAACUAGGCCAACUAUUUAUGCUUGCUUACUGUCAGUUUGUGAGAAAUUGGUAUAAAAUUAUUGAGGUGAUGGCUGUACUGAUAAGCAAAGUUUGUGCUUCCUUUUGGUAAUGCUACUGGCACUAUCAGCAUUAUUAAUGCUACUAGUUUUUUAAAAGAUUACUUGGGAAGAAAGUAAAUGUUUGAAAGUUGAGAAAUCUUACACAGAGAAGAUGGAAACGAGGUAUUCAGUUAAAAUAUUUAGUCUGGUCCUUGUCAGAUGUGAGACACUCCUCUAAAAUAUUACCAAGUCAUCAUCCUUCUGAUUUUCUUUUCUGGCCUAAGGUCCAGUCUUCCGGUCUUCAGGCAACAGGUUAAUUGCAUAAAGAUGUGAUCAUUGUACUUCUUCCUUUGCUUCUGUACUUACUACCUCAUGUCUGGUACCAAUACAAUUAACUAAAACAUGGAAAUACCAGAUUUUAGGAUUUUUUUUUUUCUGGGUGAGAUCAAGAUGUAUUUUUUAUACAGUUAAUGUCAUUAACACCAAGGAAAUGUUUUACACUGAUGGAUUUUAAUAAUAAUCAUAACCUUUUUUGGUGCUUA